AUGGCUGAUUCAAUAUUUAAUGAUAGACCAUUUUUGGAAUUUUUGGCUACUCAAGGAGAAGAUCUUAUUCAACAAUUAUAUGAAUCGCAGCAUUGUGUUAUUGCUAUUAUGAGAAUGUUACCUUUUGAUGUUCAACAAUGUUUAAUACAAUUAAUGUUUAUAAAAAGCAAGGAUUGGUUUUCGGGGAACGAAAAAAUGUGGAAACAGUCUAUUAACUCGUUACAACUCCUUAAAAAAGUGGGUAUUUUAGAAGGUGAUUUGGAACAUGAAAAUUUGAGAUUAAAUUUAGAUUUUCGAAUGAAUUAUAUUGCAAGUCUUUUAACUAGUCUAAAUAAAUUGUCAGGAUUGUCUUCUCACCCUUUAGAUGAUAAAUCACAAAAAUCAGCAAAUAAGGAUCUACUUGGUAAAAGUAUUUCGAGAUGGGAAUCAAUUUUAUGUUAUUUGGCUCUUCCUAAUGAAACACCUGAUAAAAGUGUUUCUGAAACAACACGUUCACUUUUUCAUUUUAUUGGAUUAAUUAAAGGAAGCACAAGAGAACCAGAAAUUUCCUCAUCAGGAUUUCAAUUUCUUUUAAUGAGUAGAAGUGAACAAAUUUGGACUUAUUUAAUUCAUUAUUUCCGUUUUUUAUCUUCAAAGAAUGAGCCAAUAUUUCCUUUAAUUGAAUUCUUUUUAAGACUAACUAUUUGUAUUCAACCAAAUGAAGGAAAAAUUAGUCCUCAAGUUCUUGAUCAAACAUGGCCAGAAAAUGUUCAAGCAUUUUUAAUGACACUUAGGGAAAUUGGCCUUAUAUUUAUUCGAAAAAGAAAGGAUGGAUGGUUUUUAUUAACACCUUUAUUAGUUGAAAUAACUAGAGAAAUUGGAAAUGGAGGAGAAAUUGUGGAAAAUUUAAUGGAGAAUAAAGGAGGAGGAGGGCUAAACAAAAAUGGAUUUCUUAUUGUUGAAACAAAUUAUCGUAUUUAUGCUUAUACAAAUUCAACACUUCAAUUGGCAAUAAUUUCAACAUUUGCUGAAAUUAUUUAUCGAUUUCCUAAUGUUUCUAUUGGUUUACUCAGCAGAGAUUCAAUUAGACGAGCUUUACAGGUUUUUAAUUUCCUUAUUUUAGCUUAUUACUCGCUCUUUAUUUUCUUUUUUUAG